AUGAGUAUCAGUUCCAACUCCAUAGUCCUCGAGGGACAUAGAAACUUUCGUUUGAGAUUAAUAUUGGCCACAUUAAGUGGAAAGCUGGUGAAGAUUAUCAAAAUCCGUUCCAAUGAUUUGAAUCCCGGUUUGAAAGAUCACGAAGUAUCCUUCUUAAGACUUCUUGAGUCUGUAACAAAUGGUUCUCAUAUAGAAAUUUCAUAUACAGGUACGACGAUUAUCUACAGACCUGGAAUAAUUAUUGGUGGAGAAGUGACACACAAUUGUCCCCAUUCCAAACCAGUUGGUUACUUUAUCCAGCCAAUGUUAAUGUUGGCACCCUUUUCCAAAAAGAAGUUCAGCAUCGUUUUCAAAGGGAUAACCAACGCAGGUGAUGAAACUGGAGUUGAUGCUAUCAAAUGGGGGUUGUUACCUAUUAUGGAAAAAUUUGGUGUUCGUGAUUGCUUAUUGCAUGUAUUGAAAAGAGGCUCGCUUCCCGAAGGUGGCGGUGAAGUACAUCUCCUUUGUAAUUCAUUGAUACCGACGCCAUUAACUAUACAUGCAAUUGAUAUACCGAAGUUUUCUGUAAUUCGAGGUGUGGCCUACUGCACUCGAGUGAGCCCUUCCAUUGCGAAUAGAAUGAUAGAUGCAGCUAGGGAUGUACUAAAGCCAACUGGUUGUGAAGUCAACAUCACGGCUGAUGUGUGGAGAGGUGAAAAUUCCGGUAAAUCACCAGGAUUCGGAAUCACGCUUGUCGCAGAGUCAAAGAAGGGAUGGCGACUUGUUGUAGAGAACGUUGGUCAGGCAAAGUCUCUACCAGAGGAUUUGGGUGAAUUGACUGCUUUGCAAUUAAUGACAGAAAUUACUCAAAGUGGAGCAAUUGGUAGAUAUCAACUAAUCAUAAGUCUCAUUUUCAUGGUCAUUGGUAAAGAGGAUAUUGGUCGUAUAAAUAUUCACAAAUCCGAAGUUGACGAUCACUUGAUUUACGCUCUACGGGAUAUAAAGGAGAUCUUUGGGUCUGAGGCGUUCUUAGCUCAAGAUGAGGAGGACCCCGAUUUUAUGAUCUUGUCAUUAAAAGGUAGUGGCUUUACAAACGUCUCAAAAAAGGUUGCUUAA